AGUGUGAACUAGUCAUGGAAGAAUCUUACAGCAUAAUAGCGUUAAGAUUUCCUAGAUCUUUAAUCGUGCCUUUAUAGCUGCUGCUUCUCUUUUCUUAGCUCUAUCUAAUCUUGUUCGAGCGCACCAGAAAUCGCUUGUUUUUGGCUUGGGACCAUCGAUUAUGAGUGGAAAUUACUUUGUUCUCUGGUUUUUGACUCUGAUCUCGGCGGCGACGUCGCUCUCCUUCGACUUCUCCGGCUUCAGCAAGAACAGCUUGUCGAGCUUGGAGUUCCAGGGCGACGCGUCGCUGCAGGGCGCCGAGAUCAACCUCACCAGCUACCCGAUGCUUUACAGCGUGGGACGAGCGGUGCACCUGGAGCCGCUCCGGCUGUGGGACGCCAAGACGCGGGCACUGGCCGACUUCACCACCCGAUUCUCCUUCGUCAUCAACGCCUUCGACCGCUCGCCGGCGGCGCAGCACGGCGACGGCCUCGCGUUCUUCCUCGCGACGCACCCCUCCACCAUCCCGGUCUACUCCCGCGGCGCCUUCCUCGGCGUCUUCGGCAACAGCUCGCUCGGCGGGGGCGGGGUGAAGGCGGUCGCCGUGGAGUUCGACACCUUCCGGAACGCGUGGGAUCCCUCCGGCGACCACAUCGGCAUCGACGUCAACUCCAUCGUCUCGAAAGCCGUGCUAGAGUGUAACGGCAGCCUCAAGGACGGGCGGAAGGCGCAUGCGUGGGUGAGCUACAACUCCACCACCCACAACUUGAGCGUCUUCUUCACUUACGAAUCGAACAGAGCCUUCCGCGCCGGCGACUCCAGUCUUAACUUCAUCGUCGAUCUCAGAAACGAGCUGCCGGAGCUGGUGGAGGUCGGCUUCUCGGCGUCGACGGGCAACUUGACGGAGGCGCACAGCUUGCUGUCGUGGUCCUUCGACUCGAGCUUACGCGUUAAGUCAAACAGAUCAUGCCAAGUCGCACUCGAGGUCGGGCUGGUGACCGGGGCGGUGGUCUUGACGGCCGCGUCGGGUCUGAUUUGGUUCAUCUUCUUCCGGAAGAAGGCCAUGAGCUCCAAGGGGAAGGAAGUGGACGAGAUAGAGAACGACGAGAUCAUCGACGACGAAUUCGAGAGAGCUGAAAGGGGGCCGAAAAGGUACCCGUACGAGGAGCUCGCCGGCGCGACGAGGAACUUCUCCAAGGAAGGCAAACUGGGAGAGGGAGGAUUCGGGUCGGUGUACAAAGGCUACCUCAAGGAUUUAAAGCUGGACGUCGCCAUUAAGAAGAUCUCGCGGGGAUCGAAGCAGGGGAGAAAGGAGUACGUCUCCGAGGUCAAGAUCAUCAGCCAGUUGAGGCAUCGGAACCUGGUGCAGCUGGUGGGCUGGUGCCACGAUCGUCGAGAAUUCCUGCUGGUUUACGAGUUCAUGCCCAACGGAAGCCUCGAUUCUUAUCUCUACUCUGAGAGGAAGACGAUGGAGUGGCCGGUAAGGCACAAGGUGGCGCUGGGCCUGGCCUCCGCUCUGCUUUAUCUCCACGAGGAGUGGGAGCGGUGCGUGGUGCACCGCGACAUCAAGCCCAGCAAUGUCAUGCUGGAUUCGGCCUUCAACGCCAAGCUCGGGGACUUCGGUCUCGCCAGGCUCGUCGACCACGACAGCCACUCGCAGACCACGGUGUUGGCCGGCACCAUGGGCUACCUGGCGCCGGAGUGCGUCACCACCGGCAAGGCCAGCAAAGAGACCGACGUGUACAGCUUCGGCGUGGUGGCGCUGGAGAUCGCGUGCGGAAGGAGGCCGAUGGAGCCGGCGGAGGAGAAGGGGAAGGUGAGGCUGGUGGAGUGGGUCUGGGAGCUGUACGGAAGGGCGGCGGUUCUGGAGGCGGCCGACCCGAAACUGCAGGGGAAGUUCGACGCGAGGCAGAUGGAGUGCCUGAUGGUGGUGGGACUCUGGUGCGCUCAUCCGGACUGCAACAUCCGGCCGUCGAUCAGGCAAGCCAUCAACACGCUCAACUUCGAGACUCCGUUGCCGGAGCUUCCGCCGAAGAUGCCAGUGCCGAUCUACUUCGCGCCGCCGGUGGAGCUGGUGGCGGCGAGCUUCACCCACACCUCGUCGCUCACGGACUCAUCGAUGUUGAACUCUUACAUGACGGAUUCUUCCAACUCCAUUUUGAUGAACGCGGAUGCAGUGAAGCCGCAGAAGACUGAAGCGACUCAAUAAUCGGAUUAAAACUACAGCAUUGGGCGCGUGUUCUUCCCUGAUUAGCUAAGAACAAUGUGGUGUGUCUGUAUCUGAUCAUAGUUGAACUUUUAUUAUAAUGCAUUUUUUGUACUUCAAAUCAUAUGUUUCUUUGAGACUUACUUCGUUGUAUCUUUGAGACCAAGGUUGAAGGCUUUAACAUUUUAAGCUCUUGGUAAUUUA